UUGAACAGAUGUAGGUGAGACAGAAUAGAAAUACAUUCUGAUUUGCAUUUCCUGCCUGAAAAAAACAGCCUACUAUAUAAGGUGAGCUCAGCUGGGCUGCUGGGCCAUUCACACACUGAGAGGACAGCUUUUACAAACAGCUUUUAUCUGCAAAAACUCACAGCAGGACUCGUUUUUAAUCCAGAAGCCAUGAGGAGGCGCGCAUGCGCGCAGCUCGCUGUCUGGGCUCUGCUCAUCAGCUACUCAGGAGCGCAGCGUGUGGACAGCGUAACCCCAAAAUUAGGCAGCACAAACGGAGCAACACGACUCACCAUACAGGGGCAAGGUUUUGCUCAGCAGAGUCAGUUCAGUCUCAACCUUAAUGACCCCAACUUCGGCAACUCUGUGACUUUGGUGUCGAGAACCAGAUCUUUUCCCUGCGAUGUGGAGAGAGAUGCCAGCCUCUCCAGCAAGAUAACCUGCUACACCAGAGCGAUGCCUGAGGAUGACUAUGAGGUCCAUGUCAAGGUGGAUGGUGUCCCCAUUCCUGCUAGUAGUACAUGCUGGGGAAGUCAGUGGAAUUACUGGUGCACAUUCUAUACUCGAUGGUACAACACGCCCUCCAUCCAGAAAAUCACGCCUCUGACUGGCCUGCCAGGCACUCUGGUUACACUGCGAGGGAGAAUUUUCACUGAUGUUUACGGCAGCAACACUGCCACGAGCUCCAACGGCAGGAAUGUACGGUUUUUGAGAGCCUACAUGGGAGGAAUGCCGUGUGUCCUCCUGAAGCCCAACUCAGACGAACUGUAUGGCUUGAGUUUGGACUCCAUAUACAGUGACUGGGGAUACAUGAGCUGUAAAAUGACUGGAACAUAUGUGGGACAUCACAACCUCAGCUACAUCCUAGACAGUGAAUACGGAAGGAGUUUGCCAGACUUACAGCUCUACAGUGUAUCAGCACUGAACAAGAUUGCAAUGUUCCAAACCUAUGCAGAGGUCACUGGAGUGUCCCCUUCUGAGGGCAGUGUGCUUGGCGGCACAUUGCUAACCAUUCAGGGAAACUACUUUGAUGAGACAGACCGUCCAGCAGAGGUUUUAGUGGGAGGUCGUAAUUGUGAGGUACAGAGCAUGACAGACAAGACCAUCACCUGCAGGACUCCGGAGUACGAAUGGAGCAACAAGACAGUGUUUCCAGGCGGUAGAGGGUUCAAGAUGGAGAUGUGGACUAAUACCAACGUGCAGUAUCUCGAGGACGUUCUGACCUAUACCUCCAGUCGGCCUGGUUAUUCUGUCCAGUGGGUGGACUCUCUGUCCUACGCGUGGCCCAACGAAAUUGACUACUUUGUGGCUCGAUUCAGUGGCUUCUUUGUUCCCACAGAGACCGACAACUACUAUUUCUUAAUCAAAGGAGAUGACCGAUUUCAGCUGUAUUUCAGCAUGACCGGUCGCCCUCAGGAUAAGGUCAAGAUUGCAUAUCUGAAUUAUUGGACCAGCAGUUACUACACCAGUUCCACCCAGAGGUCUAAAGUCAUGCGGCUGGAGAAAGGAAAGGCGUACUAUAUUGAAGCCCUGCUCCAGGAGUACACAGUAGGAGCCUUGAUUGAUGUGGGGUUUUUCAAAGAGAGAAGCCCCUUCACUGCUCAGCAGACUCAGGACGCCGUUAAUGAGAAGCAGGUCAUCAAAGCCAGCUACGACAUUCUGGAUGAGAAACAGGUGCUUCGUUUCGAUGGAUGGAGCCCAGCUAUUCCUGUCCAGGAGGUGCAGACUGUGACAAUCAGCAGUGACUGUUUUUCAUUGGGCAGUUGUGAUAAUACCUACUACACCCUCAGCUAUGGAGCCCAGAGAACAGGGCUAAUCCCCGUCAGCGCACCUGCGCAGGUGGUGCAGGCUGAGCUGAAUGCUCUAUGGACCAUUAAGCCAGACACAGUCACAGUCACAAAGCAGGAUCUGGGCACUCAGUCACAGUACAAUAUCACUUUCAAUUCUAACAGAGGUGACUUUGAGGACCUUCAGUACUGGACAAACUGGCCAGGUGUAAACGUCACAGUCAGGGAGGUCACGAAAGGAAGAGCUGACCUGAACACCUUUACACUGCUGUGGGGAGGCAUUGCGUCCAGCCCUCUGCCUUACAACGCUUCAGAGACUCAGGUUCUGUCUGCGCUGGGUGAAAUGCUGUCUGCCAAAUGUCCUCAGGAGCUUCUCAGUGUGGAGAAUUCUCAAGUCAAGUACUUUAGAGACUAUGAGAGUGCUAACACAGGGUUCUCAGGUGAUCUGAGCACCAGGGGGACGAUCGUCAAUAACAACGAGCCAUUCUGCGGCCAGUGGUCCCUGAUGAACCCAACCGUUCUGUUUAGGUCAGAUGAUGUCACCCUGUCUGGAGCAGCCUAUGGCCCUGUGCCUCUUCAGCAGUAUGGAACACUCUGCUUGGCCUAUAAAGGCUAUCUACAGAAAGGACUGGAAGUGGUGUUUACCUACCAGAACAGCGCAGGAAGUACCUAUACUCUGACCACAGUAAUCUCUCCAGUGUUCGGGUCUGGGGAUGUGUGGAAAUACACGUGUGUGGAUCUUUUAGCUGGUCUGCAGACAAGCUUCCCCGGCACCAACUACCAACUCCUGGAACUGCAUCUGUACAGAGACACAGGAGAUUACUACAUAGACACGGUUCAGCUCGGGAGAGCGGCCACCAUGAUUGACCUCAAUGGUGCUGUCCAGAGGAGAAGGCCUCCUGCUCUGGCCGAUUCUGGUAUUUUCCUUCAGCGGAUCUCUGUGCAGAAGAUGAGGAACGCGUCACGUAUCAGUUAUGAGAUCACAGCCUCUCCGUAUAACUGUGCCUUUGGUUUCCCUCUAAUGGAUGUUGGCUUCUUGCAGAGGUCAGGCAUUUUUACUAAGGACACAGUGGUGCUGGUCCAGGACAACGCCACCGUCAGUGUGACGCGCACACAGAGAGCCAGCCCUCCUCUCAGUGGCACCUUCAGCGUGGAGAGCUUCGGCCAGCAUGUGGAAGGUCUAGCUGUGGACAUCAGUGCCAAAGACCUGCAGUAUGCCCUGCAAGGCAUUCCAGAUCUGGGCCAGCUGAGCGUGACGAGGACAGGAGACUGCAAAGGCUACUCCUGGAAUAUUGAGUGGCUCAGCGUGCCAGGCAACCAGCCCCUACUGCAGAUCAACGACUCCUCUGUAGUCGGCGUGAACCCCUCAGUGACGGCACAGGUGAAGGAGCAGGGAGGGCUCUUCAAGCAAAGGAUUAUGGGAGACUUCCUGCGCGUCCCAACAAACAAGACACAGGUGGAAGUUCUUAUCAACGGCAUUCCAUCUAAGUGCUCAGGUGACUGUGGCUUCACCUGGAGUGAGGCUAAGACCCCGACCGUGACCGGGAUAUCUCCAUCGCAAGGGGCCAGUGCUCUGGGAACCGUUCUGACCAUCUCUGGAUCUGGAUUUGUUGAUGGAAAUGCCUCAGUGCGGAUUGGGGACGUCCAGUGCUCGGUCCUCCAGGUUACCAGUACAUCACUGACCUGUAGUGUUGGCCCUGCGAGCGCUGGACUGUAUCCAGUCUCUGUGGGUUUCCCUGCGCUGGGCUAUGCUCGGUAUUCAGGUGGCAACCCCUUCAACUUCACCUACCAGAUGGGAGUGACCUCCAUAAAGCCCACUGCAGGCAGCAUCACUGGGGGGACGAUCAUUACCGUCUCUGGUUAUGGUUUUGGUUACGACACCGUGGCCACCGUCGGGAACGCGUCCUGUGACGUUAUUUAUGUGGAUGUAAACCAGCUCAGCUGCAGAGUGCCUGCUGGAUCAGCAGGAGCAAAGGCAGUAACCCUGAAAAGUGGAGGAAUGGAGGCCACGGCGAAUGACUCCUUCACGUAUGAUGCCGCCCUGACAGCUGUCAUUACUGGCGUGAGCCCACAAACAACAACAGUGUUUGGACUCAGGACUCUCACCGUCCAGGGACAGAACUUCGAGGACCAGACUAACGGCAGCUCUGUCCUGAUUGGCGGUGUGGACUGUGUUGUGCUGAACUGGACUAAUAAAAACAUCACCUGUCUGUUACCCUCACUCCCCCCUGGUGUCUAUGACAUCAGUGUGAGAAUGGGGAACAGGGGCUAUCCCCAAAUCAGCGCUGGUGUGAACGCCACCAUCGAGUACAUCUUGCAAGUGAGCGGCCUCUCCCCUCGGCAGGGCUCUCUGUAUGGCGGCACCACAGUGACCAUCACCGGCUCUGGAUUCAGCCCUGAUUUAGCAGACAACACUGUCACACUAGGUGGGACGCGCUGUGAGGUGACUGCAGCCUGGGACCAUCAGCUGAAGUGUGUGACCCAGAUAGAUGAGCAGACAUACAUCGUCACAAACCAAGGCAUCGACCCCAGCUACGGUCAGGGGUACGCGUGGAGCCCGUCCACAGUCAUAGUGUCUGUAGGGGACACAGUGGUGUGGAGGUGGAACGCUCCAGAUUUUGUUCCUGGCCUGGGCUACAGGGUCUUCAGUGUGGCCAGUCCCAGCAGCACUAACUUCGACGGUGUGGGCUUCAACAGCGGAAAUACCAAAACAGCCACAGGGUUCUUCAGCUAUCGAUUCACAGCUCCUGGCUUGUACUAUUACAGCAGCGGCUACAUCGAUUCGUCCAACAAGAGGAGCCUGCAGGGCGUGGUGAACGUUAGGCCUCUGGAGGAGAGAAGCAGCGGGCUACAAGUCACUGUAGCUGGGUUUCAGGCCCUUCAGAGUCCAGGUUCAGCACGUGUGAGCAGGUCAGCGUCUGACUGUGUGGCCUCCCCUGAGUGCUCUGGCUCUAACACCACGUCUGACAGCUUCUCCUUCAGUUUCUCCACCUGUGCCAGCCCCAAUGUCGACUCCAUCUCUCCCUCGCAGGGCACAAUGCAUGACCCCAUCAUCCUCCAGGGCUCUGGCUUCAGCAACAUCUCCUGCGCCAAUGAGGUCACAGUUGGAAAUGCUUCAUGUCUUGUGACCAACAGCACCUCCACUGAGAUCACCUGCCUCCUCAGCUCUGACAGUGGAGCACCUGUUGGUGUUGCGCUGCCCGUCCGAGUCCGGGUCAACAACUUGGGAGCCGCAAUGCUCACCAUGCCCAGCGAGCUGAGUCGGCGUGUGGUGAUUCUACCCGUGGUGGACUUCAUCUCACCAUCAGCAGGCAGCACAUCUGGCCGCACACGGCUGAUCAUAUCUGGCUCAGGACUGACCGGUGGGAUGGUCACAGUGGCCGGCGUUCCAUGCAUUGUGGUAUCCAGCAACUACACUCAGGUCUUGUGUGACACAUCUCCAUCUGUGCCGCGCACUGGAGCCAUCUCGGUAAGCGUCGGUGCGGUCAGCUCGUCCUGCAGCUCUGACUGUUCUUAUGAAUAUUCCGCAGCUUUGGCUCCCCAGGUUUCCUCUGUUUAUCCCAGCUCCAUUAGCGGAAACCAAACAACUGUCUUUAUAGGUGGCAGCGGCUUCGGUAGCAGCCUUGAGAACCUUGCCGUGUUUGCUGACAACAUCAUCCUGCAGGUCACGAACGUCUCAGACAGCAACAUCACGGUGUCGGUCGGCGCCCUGCCCGCAGGCCCACAUUCCCUGCAGGUGGUUGUUAGGAACAAAGGACUGGCGACUGGAAGCGCUACACUGACCAGUGUGCCGCUGGCCAGUCUGCAGCCGAUCUCAGGCAGCCUUGCAGGAGGAACCCUGCUGAUGAUCACAGGGAAUGGCUUUGUGGCAGGAAACACUAGCGUGAUGGUGGGAAUCUACCCCUGCUCCAUCCUGCAGGUAACUCCCAGCACCGUGCAGUGCUUGACACGUUCCUACAGCGAGCAGCUGGUGCAGGUGAAGAUCCAGGUGUUUGGAGUGAUUUACCCACUGCUGAGCUUCAACUACUCUCGGGAACAGACGCCAAAGAUCACCAGCGUCAGCCCCACAACAGGCCCCAGUGGAACACCGAUCACCAUCUCAGGCUCUGGGUUUGGCUCAGACGCUGGUCUGGUUUCAGUAAGCAUUGACAGCGUGCCGUGUACUGUGUCCUCCAUCACGGACACGGCAGUGCAGUGCACUGUGGGUGAACAUGCAGGUGGAACUUUCCCAGUGACACUGUCCCACCAGGUCAAAGGUCGCGCUCAGAGCCAGUCCAGCUUCUCCUACGAGCUGCGCCUGAACCAGGUCUCACCUAACGAAGGGAGCUACGCCGGAGGUGCGGUGGUGGCAGUCCAAGGCACCGGGUUUGAUCCAAACUCCUCAAAAGUUCUAAUCUGCAAUAAAGAAUGCAGCGUCAGGAGAAACGUAUCCAGCUCUACCGCUCUGUACUGUGAGGUUCCACCCAACAAUGGAACUCAAGCGGAGCAGGCCUGCAUGGUGAUGGUACUGAAUAGUUACGGGUCUGCUAACAUUACGAACGGCUACACAUACAAAUCCAGCCUGACUCCCAUCAUCACGAAUGUGUCGCCGGGCAGGGGAGGAACAGCCGGAGGCACCGUGCUCACCAUCACCGGCUCUGGUUUCAGUGGAGGGAAUAUUUCAGUGACGAUCGCAGGGUCAGUCUGCGACGUCCAGUCAGUCAACGAAACACAGGUGAUCUGUGUGACCAACGCCCAGCCCAAGUCCCAGCUGACCAAGGUCCGAGUGCUGGUUGGAGACAGAGGAAUCGCCCAGAUGGAUCGUGCCGACUUCUUCUACAUUGAUGUGUGGUCAUCUCGCUACACGUGGGGCGGUGAAUCCCCCCCUGAGGAGGGCACAUUCACAGUCAUCACUAAAGGGCAGACUAUCCUUUUGGACGUCAGCACACCUGUGCUCAAGAUGCUUCUCAUUCAAGGUGGAAAGCUGAUCUUCGAUGAGGCGGAUAUCGAGCUGCAGGCGGAGAACAUCCUAAUCACAGACGGCGGAGCUCUUCAAAUUGGAACAGAGGACCAACCCUUCCAGCACAAGGCCAUCAUCACGCUGCACGGCCACCUGCGCUCUCCGGAAAUCCCCGUCUAUGGGGCCAAAACCCUGGGCAUCAGGGAGGGAGUGCUGGACCUGCACGGUAUUCCGAUCCCUAUCCCCUGGACCCGCCUUGCGCAAACCGCCAACAGCAGCUCCAACAUUCUGACCCUGAUGGACGCUGUGACCUGGAGAGUCGGAGAUGAAAUUGUCAUUGCCUCCACAGGGCACAGGCACAGCCAGAUUGAGAACGAGGUAAGAAUAAUUGCGGCCGUGUCAGCCGACGGAAGAACCCUGACCCUGACCCAGCCUCUCAACUACACUCAUCUGGGGGAGUCCGUCACCCUGCCUGAUGGGACUGUGUUUGAGGCGAGGGCCGAGGUGGGUGUGCUCACCAGGAACGUCGUCGUCCGUGGAUCCAUCAACCAGGAGUGGAGUGAUCAAAUCCAGGCUUGCCCUGAUGGGUUUGAUACAGGGGAGUUCACCACCCAGACUUGUUUCCAAGGGAGAUUUGGGGAAGAAGUUGGAAGUGACCAGUUUGGAGGCUGCAUUAUGUUCCAUGCGCCUAGACCCAAUGAAAAUCUGGCCAUUGGCAGAAUCGAAUAUGUUGAGAUUUUCAAUGCUGGUCAGGCGUUCCGUCUGGGCCGCUACCCGAUCCACUGGCACUUGAUGGGCGACAUUAAGUUCCAGUCAUACGUUCGCGGCUGCGCCAUCCACCAGACCUACAACCGAGCUGUCACCAUCCACAACACGCACCGCCUGCUGGUGGAGCGCAAUGUCAUUUACAACAUCAUGGGAGGAGCCUUCUUCAUCGAGGACGGUAUCGAGACGGGCAACGUCCUGCAGUACAACCUGGCCGUGUUUGUUAAGCAGAGCACCAGCCUGCUGAAUGAUGAUGUGACGCCGGCCGGCUACUGGGUCACCAACCCCAACAACACCAUUAGACAUAACGCCGCUGCUGGAGGAACCCACUUUGGUUUCUGGUACCGCAUGCAUGACCACCCAGACGGCCCGUCCUACGACAGCAACAUCUGCCAGAAGAGGGUGCCUCUCGGAGAGUUCUAUAACAACACAGCACACUCGCAGGGCUGGUUCGGCCUGUGGAUCUUCCAGGAGUUCUUCCCCAUGCAGAAGGGCACCUGCAGCUCCUCCACUCCUCAGCCGGCUGUGUUCCGCAAACUCACCUCCUGGAACAACGAGAAGGGUGUCGAGUGGGUGAACGUGGGAUCCGUGCAGUUCAGCGAGUUCCUCAUGGUGAAUAACGAAAAGGCCGGUGUGGAGACCAAGCGCAUCAUCGAGCAGUAUGUGAGCAGCUGGGGGCUGAACGGGGGCGCAGCGCUGGUCAACAGCACCUUGGUGGGACACGUAGAUGAGCUGGGCUUGGGCAGCAGCUACUGCACCAACCGGGGAGUCGUCCUGCCACUGGACGAUGGCAUGAGCGUCAUUAACACCAAGUUCAUUAACUUUGACCGGCCUUCUUGUGCUGCCAUUGGGGUGACCACGAUAAUAGGAACCUCCAGUUCCUUCUGUGGAGGGUGGAGCGCCAAAUUCAGCGGAAUCCAGUUUUACCAGACACCCAACAAGGCCGCCUUCAGAUGGGAACAUGAGAUUGUUCUCAUAGAUACUGAUGGAUCUCUAACAGGUAACCCUGGAUAUAAGGUGCUGCCAAAGAGCAACCUGCUGGACCCAGCCCGCUGUUCUGACAAUGCUUCCUGGAGCGUGGGCUUCCCUGGGUCAGUGUGUGAUGACACCAUAAGCUUCAACCGUCUGGCCUUCAACAACCCCUCACCCUCCUCCCUCUUAUCCAAGGAUGUCAUACUCACCAACGCAUUCGGCACUAGUGUUGUUCCGUUUGUGGAGAAACUGAUUACCCACCCGUUUGGUUGGAUGGCGCUGCUACCAUCUGCCCAAACCUACAACUGGUACUUCCGUGGCGCCUCCCAAAUCAGCAACAUCUCAUACAGCGCGAUAUUCUAUGGCUUCAGGCCUCAAGAUUAUGUGAUUGUGAAUCACAACCUGACGCAGAGUCCUGACCGGUUUCGUAUAGUGGACAACAGGAAUGGCUCCUCCGUACCGCUUAACCCUGCUGCGAACGUAAAGGGAGACUGGUACUUUAACAAAUCCUCCAACAACCUCUUCUACAUGGUGUCUGGCAGAACGAGUAGCGCCAGUAGGAGGAGGCGCAGUGUUGACAGAUCAACAGCAGAUAUUUCAGUGGGCUUCAGUGUGUAUAACUGCUUCUACCCCAACUGUGUCCCGCCCACUCAGCCUCCGCCGGCCACCCUGGCGCCCACACCCAGCCGCAGACCUGCCGACUUCAUUUCUUGGUCCAAUCAGUCAUUCUGGAAGUCGUCCAUAGACAACAACUUUACUGUACCACAAGAGGGCGCCAACGUCAUCAUUCCUGCAGGCAGGUGGGUGGUUUUGGACACUGCAAUCCCACCCUUAAACAAGCUCACAGUGGUGGGAGUCCUGGAGAUUCCAGACACCAUGAACAGCACGUCCAGUCGCACUGCCCGCAGCCUUCCCCAGUACAGCAGCAUUGUCCUGAACGCCACUUACAUCUCUAUACAGGGAGGACGGCUGAUCGCGGGAUGGGCUGACCAGCCGUUCAGAGGUGACCUGCAGAUCAUUCUGAGAGGAAACUACUACACGCCUGAAUGGCCUCUGCCUGACGGACCAAACCAAGGAUCUAAAGUGCUGGGUGUGUUUGGUACUCUUGACUUUUAUGGAUUGCCACACAAUGUGUAUCGCACUAAACUGGCCAGCACUGCCCAGGCCGGCUCCAACUCCAUAUCGCUGCAGGAGCCUGUGGACUGGCAGGCUGGAGAUGAAAUCGUGUUGUCCACCACAAGUUAUGACCCGGCGCAGACAGAGACCCGCACCAUCACUGCAGUCACGAACAACGGCCUCACACUGACCCUGGCCCAGCCGCUCAAUUACACACACAUCGGUGAGAGCUACACAGUGGCUGGUACGUCGCAGAGCUACAGGCUGGCUGGUGAUGUGGGUCUGCUGAGCAGGAACAUUAAGAUCAUUGGGCAGGAUUAUCCAAACCUGUUAACAGAGUCAUUCGGCGCCAGGGUGCUGGUGGGAACCUUCUCCAGAGGAGGAAUCAACUACAGAGGAAAGGCCCAGAUAAGAGAUGUGGAGUUUUACCACACUGGCCAGGAGGGAUGGACAGACUAUACUGAUCCUCGCUACUCUGUGGCUUUCCUCAACCUGGGAGUGGUGGUUCAGAAUGAAUCCUACAUUAAGGGCUGCGCUUUCCACCAUGGCUUUGCUCCUGCCAUCGGAAUCUUCGGAACGGACGGACUAAGCGUUGACGACAAUGUCAUUCAUCACACUGUAGGAGAAGGUAUCAGGGUGUGGGGCAAUAACAAUGUCGUCCGGAGGAAUUUGGUUACUAUGACACUCUGGCCAGGAUCAUACAAUGGAAGAGCAGAGGCCUUCAACUUCAACUGGAACGCUGCUAUUGAGGCAAAUGAGGGAACUAAUGUAGUUCUUCAGGGGAACAUAGUUGCUGGUUAUGAAAGAGUUGGAUUCCGAAUUGAUGGAGAGCCGUGUCCAGGUUAUUCCAGCGCUGUGGCUCAGUGGCAGCAGAAUGAGGCCCAUGGAGGCCUGUUUGGAGUCUACAUGAAUAAAGAUGGGCUGCCUGGCUGUUCUCAGAUCCAGGGCUUCACAGUUUGGAGAAGCUUUGAUUUUGGCAUUUACUUCCAGGUACCCAUGAGUGUGAUUGUUUCCAACGUGACCCUUGUUGAUAACGGCAUGGGCAUCGCAUCCUUAAUCUACGAGCCCCCCUCAGUCAGCCAUGAAUAUUCCAACAAAACUGUGCUUGUGCAGAAUGCCUUGAUUGUUGGCAGCAGCCCCAACUUUAACUGCAGUGACAGUAUGCCUAUGGAUACCAACAUGCUUCUGAGUGACAGCAGUAGAGCCCCCCGGCCUCUUAAGGGUGGCAGGUCUGGAAUCUCUUGGCCAACAUUUGAGUCAGCCCAGAAUGGAGCUCCAAUGAAAGCCCAUGAUGGACUCAUGAGCUACAACGCCAUCAGUGGACUCCUGACUGUGACUGAUACCACUUUCGCUGGGUUCAGAAACGUGUGCUCGAGCCAAACAAGUUACAUGUUUAUGACCAAUCCGGGCAACGAGGACCUGCAGCACCCUGUCUAUGUUAGGAGGAUCACCAAGAGUGACAGCACAGAGGGAGCCCAAGUGUUCAUUCAUCGGCCAGAUCUGAGCAAGGUGAACCCAUCCGACUGUGUGGACAUGGACUGUGAUGCUAAGAAGAAGAGCCUGUUGAACGACCUGGACGGUAGUUUCCUGGGGGCAAUAGGGUCAGUGGUCCCCCAGUCUGAGUAUGAGUGGAACGGGGACCCCCGACACGGGCUGGGAGAUUACCGGAUCCCCAAAGUCAUGCUCACCUACCUCAACGGCAGCCGUAUUCCUGUAACCCAAAUAGCACCAAACAAAGGUAUAAUCCGGGACCCCAGCUGUGUGUAUAUGAGCUCCUGGCAGGCCUACAAGUGCUUUGGGCUGAACUACAGGAUGCUGGUGAUCGAGAGUUUAGACUCAGACACUGAAACCAGGCGUCUGUCCCCUGUGGCUGUGCUGGGAGACGGCUACGUGGACCUGCUGAACGGCCCACAAGACCACGGCUGGUGCGCAGGCUACACAUGUCAAAAGAGAGUCUCUCUCUUCCACAGCAUUGUGGCCACAAACAAGUCCUAUGACAUCUACUUCACCAGCACAUCACCACAGAAACUGAGACUCAUGAUGCUGAAUGCUAAACCCACUGAUACGGUUCGAGUCGCUGUGUUUUACUCAAAUCCUCAGCGUUUGGACGUCUACGUGAACAAUCGCCUGGUCGCACCAAACAACGCGCAGUGGAAUAGUGCCAAAACGGACUACACCCUGGUGAAGCCUGUCUACGCCGGUCAGUACGUCCCGAGUCUGAACUCCACUCUCGGCUCCAACUAUUUUGAUGCCGAUUACAAAAUGCUGCACGUCCUGCUGCGAGGCUCUGACCCUGUCGAGGUCCGCACGUCUCCGGUUCUCUUCGUCGCCUUCAACCUCCCGUUCAUGACCGAGGCAGAGUUCUUCGGAGACAAGCUGGUCACCAACCUGGCUGCCUUCCUGAAGGUUCCCCCCAACAUGAUCCGCAUCACCAACAUCAUCCGGGAGGGCUCAGCGCGGCGGAGGCGCUCCACUGGGCUGACCGUUCAGGUGGAGAUCAAACAGCCUCCAGUCAACGAGACGUCCACCAACAGCACCAGUGAGCAGCAGUUUGAGGUGCUGAAGAACAUCGCUGACAAUCUGGGUCAGGCUGCGGUCUCCGGCAAUCUGAGCCAGUCCAUCGGCUUCAACGUGUCAUCAGUGGGUGUCGUUCCUCCAUCUCCUCCACCCAGUGACCCGUCCUGGAGCCAGGUGGCCAGUCAGGAAGUGACGCGUCAGGAUCCACCAGUGCAGACGGUGAAGAGCGUGUCGUCUCUGAUCGUGGUGCAGCAGCCGGUAGCAGGAUAUCAGCCUGGACCUCUUAGCGUACAGCCGUGCAUCAUGGCAGUGGACCAGGAGGGGGCCUGCGUAUCAGUGGGGGUGACGACUCUAACAAUUACAGCUGUGCUCAAAGACGGUAAUGGGAACCUAGUAGACGGCCUGUACGGAAACACCACCAUCCCCUUCUCAACCUGCUGGGCCAAUUACACCGACCUGGCCAUCUCUAUCUCUGGGAAGAAUCUGACACUGGCUUUCACCCUGAACGACUGGAGCGCUCAGUCCAGGUCCUUCACUGUCCUGGCCGUGUCAUCUACGGCAAGUCCUACAAGCACCACUCAGAGCUCAUCCACACCGAGAGAGUCCACCACCGACAGUGAAUUCCCCAGCAUCUUCGACUCCAGUCCUCACUACACAAUGGGGACCGUAUACAUGCUGAUCCUGCUGAGCGUCCUGCAUCUACUGUACUGUGCAGUGUAGAACAGGUGGAGCAACGACGUUACGCCAGUUCAGCCUGAAUAGAUUUCUCCUUUUUCUCUAAAAGAUAAUAUAUUUCAUGUUAUGCUCUACAAAAAUCAAAGUACCUUAACCUCUUGACCCCUAGCCUUCAGCUCAGUUAUUGAUCAGUUAUUCAGUUAUUAGUAAUAAGACAUUAUUCAGUAACUGCUGUGAUUCUGAUAUGUAAGUUAUGUGGUUAUGAGAGUUUGAGGAGGUUUAUAUAUUAUUCUUGUUAUUCUCUAAUUAAAUUAAAGUUCCUUAAAAAUGUCUUUAUUGGUUGCUAAAUAACUUUGGUCUGUACUUUGUCUGUAACUUUUGAUCUACCUCCUGACAGGAUAUGAUGAGAAUGCUCACUGUGCUCUCCACAAUUAUUGGCACCCUUGUAAAAGAAUGAGGAAUUUUUUUAAAACAUGUCUUAGUUGUUUAUAAGCUUUCAUAAUCACGGCACAGUUAUUGGUAGUUAUUAGCAGUCAGUACUUUCCGCACCCUGACUUUGCCAAGCACUUAGUGUACCAUUGCACAGUAAAGAGGAAGAAUAGAAAAAUAACACAUGCAAAAGUUUGUAGACACCUGCUGGUCCAGCAUUCCUUCUGAAAUGGAGGGUAUUGAUUAAUUAAUUAGUUUGUUGCCCUUUGCUGCAGUAACAGCCUCUACUCUGGUUGUUAUAGUGCAGUGGGUAACACCUCUGCCCUCUAUGCU